AUGGGAUUUACUAGGAUAGGAGCUGGAUUGCCUGCAUUGGAAAGCAGUAGUUUCCAUGAAGCUCAUCAGACACUGCAGGAGCUGCGAGCUAACUCCAAUCCUGGUUUGUUUUUUUUCCUGAAUAAAGUAUUUGAUCUUGUUCUCUGUUUUGGAUUUAGUUUAAUUGAAAUUUUAUCUCAGGUUUCCCUAGUUAGCAAAGAUUCCUCUAUGUUAGAUGGGCUUGACAAUGCCAGUAUUGAAAUGGAAGAAGCCAAGGCUCGGCUGAAUGAAAUUAUUACCUCUAAUUUAAAGACCAUUCAUAGCGAUGAAUCGCCUGAAUUUUCUUGGAUGGUUGAUGGAGCUGGAUUGCCAUCCAAUGCAUCAGAGUUGCUUCCAAAGUUGAUUGGUGAAAACAAGAUUGUUCAGAAGACUUGA